CUGAGAUUGAGAGCAGAGGGAGUCCGCCGCCGUCACUACCAGGAGCAAAGCCAGGCCAGGCACCAUGAUCCGUGCUCGUAACAGCACCUGCUCGCCUGGGAUGUUGGUGAGAGCUAGCAAAACCCUGAGCCAGUACCAGGAGGAUUACCUGUGGCCCGUGUUGGUGGUGGAGUUCCUUGUGGCUGUGGGGGGCAAUGGCCUGGUGCUCUACCGCUUCAGUACCCAGGAGCAGCGCCCAUGGCAUCCGGCUAUCAUCUUCUCAGCCCAGCUGGCUGUCAGCGACCUGUUGUAUGCCUUCUCCCUGCCCCCCCUGGUUUUCUAUUUCUAUCCACCCAAACACUGGAGUUUCGGGGCAGCUGCCUGUCUGUUUGAGCGCUUCCUCUUCAACUGUAACCUUUACAGCAGCAUUUUCUUCAUCACUUGCAUAAGCCUCAACCGCUACCUGGGCAUUGUGCACCCUUUCUUUGCCCAUGGCCAUGUGCGACCCAAACAUGCCUGGGCCAUCAGCCUGGCUGGCUGGGGCCUCGUGGCUGCCCUGGCAGCACCUACCUUCAAGUUCUCCCACCUUGUUUCGCCCCAAAAUGUCACAGGGGCACACUGCCGCGUGAAUCAGCCUGAGGGCUGUACUAAAUGCCUGGGAACAGCUACAGAUGACAAUCUGCCAGACUACUGGGUCUAUAGCCUGGUGCUGGCAGUGCUGGGCUGCGGCCUGCCCUUCCUGCUCACUCUCCUGGCCUACAGUGCCAUUGCCCAGGCCAUCCUGACCAACCCCAAUAUAACAAGGCCAGAGAAACUCAAGGUAGGAGUGCUGGUGGGAGGCGGUAUAGUUCUCUAUGCCAUGUCCUACAUCCCAUACCAUAUCAUGCAUGUCCUUAACACCCAGGCCCGCCAGCACUGGCUGGAACACUGCAGCAGUUUCUCAGAUGAGUCCCAGGCUGUGGCUGCUCUGGACCUUGGUCUAUACCUGGGCUACCAGGCAAGCAGGGGGCUCGUGCCUCUGGCCAUGUGCUUCCACCCACUGCUCUAUACUGCUGUGGCCUCAAGCCUCCGAUGCUCAAGACUAUGUGGGGGACCCAAGGGUAGGGAAGUACCACUAAGGCAGGUGAGCCCCACUGAAUGACUACUAACAUGAUGCAAACCAGCAAACUAAAUGGGGGUUUGUUAGGACACUUUUAGCGAGCAAAGGUGGGGCGGGGGUGACAGGGCUGCAGGGUAAGAACCUGUAUUCCUAAGUCCUCUCCCUCAAACCACUGUGCCAGACCAAUGGAAGAAUUAACGGACCAGUUAGAAACUUCAAGUGACCUUUGAAUCUCCUGUUCCCUUGCAUCUUACACACUGGUCUCCCAGACCUGGCUCUCCUUUCCAGUCCAUCCUAGGCAGCUUGCCAACAUAGUGCUAUCUACUAUCAUUCCCCUGGUCAAAAACUUCAGUGGCUACUGCUUCUAAAAUAAGAUACAAACUCCUUAGGAAGGCUCCAAAACUUUCCUGCCCUUAAUUCCCCCUGCUCUCCAAGUAUUCCAUUUCCAACCAAGUUGGAUUGCCAAGGGUUCCGCCCCCAUUUGUUGGGCCUAGAACACUUGCUUAUUUGUGAAUCCAAAGCUUGUCUCCUUCAUGGCUCAGCUCAGGUGCCAGAUCCACCCAGUAAUCAACACCCAGUAUACCCCCCCUCCCUGCCCCAAGCUGAAAAUAUUCUCACUUUCCUUGAAUGUUUCUCUGCUUUGCCCAGAUCCUGCAUCAUGCUUUCCUGCACAUGUUGUAUUCCACCUCCCAAUCUAGAAGUCCCUGGAGGGUGGCAGCUGUCACCUCUUACCUUUGAAUCCUGCGCCACUAACAGUGUUGUAAAAAUAAUUAAGUCUGUGGUCAAAGACAAGGGGAAAGCUCACAUUUUUGCAAAAAUAUUUAUAACAGUACUUUUUGUAGUCACAAAGAACUAGCAAGAAAAUGGAUGCCCAUAAACUAGGGAAUGGAUGAACAAACUGCAGGGUGUGGAUAUUAUGAAAUCUGUAACAAGUGACGAAUAUGAAGAAUUCAGAGAAAUAUGGGAAGACUGUUUCCUCAGACCACAGAUGUAGAGCUGGCAGGGACGCGAGAGGUCUCAUCCUCCCUCCCCAACUUCUCCUUU